AACUAUCAUUAUAAGUAAUUACGACUUAGAACAUUAGUGUAUAGUAUGAUUUAUUCAAAUAUCCAUUCUGCUUCAUUUUUAAUACAUGAAAAUAACUUUAUCUUUCAGGUUUAAGAAUGAAUGCUAAAUCAGUAGAUAUGAGUUUAUGUGAAUAUAAACAAUGCACAAUAAACUUUAUAGACAAUGCACAGCAAAGAAAGGAUUUUUUCUCCACAGCAGAUGCAGUAUUAUUCCAAGGCGGGCGACUCAUAAACAAGCCUCCAAUACGUUGUCAUGCCAACCAGGUCUACGUAUUCACAUCUAUAGAAUCCCCUAUUCAUCUCAUGUUUUCAUAUGGCGGAAAGAGAUGGUACAAUACUAUAAACUGGACGAUGACAUACAGACUGGAUUCCGAUAUAUUGUAUAAAUACGGUUCUUUGAAAUUAAAAAAUUUGACCGAUAUCCCAAAAGAAAAAAAUUACGAACAAAUAUUCAAAGAAAAGACAAAAGAGGUGGCAUGGUUAGUCAGUGAUUGUCCGACAGAAGGCAAACGAGAAAAAUAUGUCAAUAUUUUACAGAAGUACAUGAAAGUGGACAUAUACGGUCGAUGCGGCCCUUUUAAGAACUGUACAAAAGAAGAAGGAACAAAGUGCCUUCAAAAGAUCGGAAAAGACUAUAAGUUUUAUUUAUCAUUUGAAAAUUCUGUAUGCAAAGAUUACAUGACAGAGAAAGUUUUUGGCUGGUUCCAAAGGGAUAUAAUCACUGUAGUGAGGGGAGCCAGGAAUUACGACAAGCUACUUCCGAAAAACACUUAUAUAGAUACUCAUAAGUUUACAUCUGUCAAAGAUCUGGCUGAAUAUUUAAAGAAAUUAAGUAAAAAUAAAGAGGAAUAUAUAAAAUAUUUACGAGAAAAAGAUAAAUACGAGACGGAAUCUUUACGUACCCAGGUACAGAGAGCUUAUUGCGAUUUAUGUAAAAGACUUCAUCAUAUUGAAGAUUAUAAGCGAACGUAUCAAAAUAUUGAUCAAUGGUGGUUAACAGAUUCUUGUCAAAGAACACCUACUGAUAUACAUUAAAGCUUAAAUCACAUUAGUUCUUUUUAUAUCUUAUUUUGACAGACAACCAAUGGGGUUCA